CACAGCGACACCCGUCGAAUCCAGCGUCGGUUCAGUCCUGCCCGCGGUGGACACGCCUGUAUCAGUCCUCGGCACCGCCGCGUCGCACACUGCAGCUCGCCGUGUGGCUGCGACUGGAGGCGUAUCUGGCUGGCGCGCAUCCUGUCCAUAAGUCCGAAGCUGCGCUGCCAUUCAGCGGGCGCCGCAGACCUCGCGCUGCCUGCUCAAUCGGGCUCAGUCCGCCAAUGACACGACCAAGUUCGCUUCCGCCUGCGACAUGUGUAUGUGUCCUACCUCCGCGCGUAUAUUAUGAUUGGUCAUUUGUAUUGAUAAAAGGAAAAGACAAUAAAAUAAUAAGUGCCAUCUGGGGCGCGAAGUUCGAAGCCGCGACACGACCGGCAAGGUGGCACACACAGAAAUGAUUCCGCCACCCGUCGCCUGCAGCACGGCCGAGGUCAACGACUGCGCCGAGCGCGUGAACGCGUGGGCAGGCUUGCCGUGCGAUGAGCAGGACGCCUUCACGUACGUCUCGCCGGUCAACUUUACUCUGCUAUGCACCGACAGCGACUGCCUCGCCAAGGCCAAGGCGUACCCGGCGCUCGAAACGCGCUGUCGCCACUGUCUGCCCGACGACCCGCGCGUGCAGCGCCCGUUGUACACCAACUUUUGCAGCUCGAGCGCCGUUCAGACCAAGAUUGCGACUUUGUACAAGCACUGGGCCAUCUGCGAAGCGAUGAGCGGAGGCAGCGCCAACGACCCCAAGUCCGAGGGCUGCAACUCGUGCACGUGGACGACCGCGCUUCUCAACGACGCCAACAUGACAGCGUCGGCAGGCGGCAACUUGGACCAGUUUAGCAACUUUACAAGCCGCAUUGUGCACCCGCGAGCCAACGAGACUGACCGCGUCGUACGCAACUCGAUUCUCUGCGCCCGCGUCAAGACCACGUCGCCGCCAGGGCCGCACGAAGGCACGACCGUGCUCACGUCAGCGCCCACGAAAUCGAGCAGCAAUAGCAGCAGCAGCAGUGGCGGUGGCAGCAUGAACGACGCGACCAUGUACACGUACGUGGGUGUCGCCGUCAUUGGCGCGCUUUGCAGCGUGGCUUUAUUGCUCUUUGUCUUGCGGCGCCGACGCCAACGCCGGUCCACGACCUGUCGCCCGCUCUCGGCCACGGGCGAACCGAGCGCGUCCCGGCAAGGCGUCACGACCGGUGACGACGGCGACGAGUACUAUGACGCCUUGUCGCCGGCCGCGUCCAUGGCGGCCACGUGGACCAAAGACGUGCCGACAGUCCGCGAAAAGGACGUUGAGGUCGUCCAGCUCCUUGCGCAAGGCGCCAACGGCCAAGUCUUUCUCGGUGUCUACAACGGCCGCCAUGUGGCGAUCAAGACCAUGCUACCGGGCCACCACACAUCGCAAGAGAUGUUUACCAUCAUGCACGAGAUCGGCAUUCUCUCACGAUUGCAACAUGCAUCGAUCGUUCAGUUUCUCGGUGUCGUUGCGCCGCCUCGGACCGAAGGCGACGUCCGGUUCCUCGUCGAGUACAUGGACCUCGGGGACCUCCGCGACCGGCUACUGCACUCGACGCCGCAGUCGCUGCCGUGGCACGGCCAGGACAAGCCUUCUAUCGCGAGCCAGAUCGUCGCGGGCCUUGUGUACCUCCACGCCCAAGAUAUCAUCCACCGCGAUCUCAAAUCGCGCAACAUUUUACUUUCGUCGGGCGGUGGCGCCAAGAUCUCGGACUUUGGCGCCGCGCGGCCUGCGUCGACGACACACACCAUGACGCGUGGCGUCGGCACGUACCGCUGGAUGGCGCCCGAGGUACUGAGUGAGAACCAGUACUCGGUCGCGGCCGACAUCUUUUCGUUUGGUAUUCUCCUCACGGAGCUCGACACGCACAUGAUCCCGUACACGGACGUCAAGAGCAAAAAGUCGGGCGCGCCGCUCGUCGACACGGCGAUCGUGUCCAUGGUGAUCGCCGGUGCGAUCCAGCCGACGGUGCGCGUCGACUGCCCGCUCUGGCUCCAAGAACUUAUUAUGCAGUGCAUUGCAACCGACCCGAGUUUACGCCCGACAGCGCGCGAUAUCCAAGUGCGUUUUCAUCAGCACGGCUUUCCAACUGGCGUGUCGCCACGAUAGAAGCCUACUGACUCGUAUUUAUUAAACUUUGAUUUGUUUCGA